AUUCAGGUGAAAAAUGGAAUCGUGCGGCAAAAAGAGUUCAAGAAAAUCAACAUCUUACGGCCGCAAGUCCAGGAAGGCGAUUAAGCCUAAAGCAAUAAGUUAUUGCAGCCCAAAGAACAGCGCAGGGCGCAAUCCGUUUUUCCAUUACCUCGCCUAUUUCCGGAAGCGGAACAAGGUCAAGCUGUGUCAUCUGUCAUCGUGUAAAGUAGCCCUAUUGGCGGGUCGCCAAUGGACGAAUAUGAGCCCAGAAGAGCGUGAACCCUUCAUUUGUGCUGCAAGAAGCUCCAGUUACACGUAUCGGCCACGUAGAAAAAAGGUUAAUUACCUGCUGGGAAACCUACAAGAGUACGUGGCGGGGGGAGAGUGUCAAGCGCAAGCCCUGUGGAACCUGAUGAGGGGCAUGAAGUCCUGGCAGCAGCAUUCCGUGCUGAAUGAUCGAAUAACCAAGUGAAACGAGACGGCAGCUGCUUGAAUCAAUAGUUUAAACUUUAAUAAAUGAUUUAUCACUCGAAAAGGUAA